CACAAAGGCUGUUGGCUCACCUCUUUCCUGGGUCCUGGACCUGGAGCCUUGAGUGCCUCCGGACGCCUUCGCGAUAGGAGCUGCUCAGCGCAUUAGAGAAGGAAAGCUUGUUUAAGCCGACUUUGAACAAUGGAAGUCAUCGAUCUGAAACUACCCAGCAGAGGUUUUUCCAUCAGUGAUCCCUCUGCAGCGAGAUGCCUGGUGGAUCAAGCUCAGGGCAAUCUUGGCCCAGAGUUUGGCCAGGCAGACGUGGACCUUGACAUUACUGUGAGCCUUCUGCUGGAGAGACUCCAACAGGAGGAGGAGACAAGAGUCACCAUUUACUCCAGCCUGCAGGAAGUCUUGCAGGGGGACAUAAAGAGCCUAGACAGGGACCUUGUCAGGAGGAUCAUCCACUUGGCCUCCAAAGACAUGAGGGAGACCCAGCAAGAAAAUGAUGAAGUGCAGUUGGCUGCAGGAAAAACCCUCGUGGCACUUGCCGGCACCUUUUACAAUUGGGUGAUGUAUGAGCUGCAGUGUCACGUGGGCAUCAUGGAGCUCCCUCCAAUUUACUUCUUGAUUACGCUGGGCGACGUGGCCUCAGCCUAUGCACUGAGGUCUGAGCCCUUCCUUGUGCUGACGCUCAGCAAAUUGCGUUUUGUGCUGAGGCUGGUGGAGACCGACCAGAUGAAGCGGGCGCUGUGUGGAGUUGUGGAAGGCUUUGCCCAGGCUGCCAACCUGAUAUUUCACGUCGGGGACGAGAGCCCGUUCCCUAGCUGCCGGGCAGCCGACUAUGGUUUUCAUGUGCUCCCUUUCUUUAAUCUCAUGAGCAGCAGCUGGCUGACAAGCGAGGACCUGGAGCUGCAGCAGGCUGCGGUCAAGGCGCUGGGACCCGCAAUGGGCCUCCUUCUCCACCAUGAGAGGCAUCGCAAUACUGUUUUUGAGAGGCUCCCCUGUCUCCUGCAGCAAUACGAGGGAGGGGUCGACAAUCUUCAUGUCACCAUGAGUCUGAGCCAGCUCUUGGAGGUAGCCUAUGAUUUUGAGGUCCCUCUCCCCGAUGGGAAACUCAAGAGCAUCUGCUUUGCCCUGCACACCCAGGUGUGUGAUAUCGCACAGCUGCCGGGCUCAGAGAACCAGGUCAAGGUGUUCUACUGUCUCCGCCUGCUGGACCAAUUUAUUUCCUUUGUGGGCUCCCGCCUCAAGACUGACAAAGAGGGAAGCUGCGUGGCAUCCCUCUCCAUCUUUAGCGGCAUCAUUGCUGCUGACUGUAAGUAUGACCAGAGCAAAUGUGCUGACUGCUGUCUUGGCUGACCCUUCAGGAACUGAGUUAGGACUGUCCAGGCCGAAUGACCUGUCCUGCUCUAGCUGCGCUCAAGAGCCCUGGCUGUAGAGCUAGAGUCAGACCUCCGUCCUCUGCUGCUCGGUCCCAGAGGGCCAGUAGCACCCUGCAUCCUGCUGGAUGACACAGGAAUGCUGGGACCAAAUCCUGCUCGGACACCUCUCCUGGCAGCACUCUCAAGUCGAGAGGUUUAACGAGCCCUUUUAUGGCCCAAGAGACUUUCCCAGGUUGCAAAGUAGAGACAGGAGGUUGUGCAGGUCGCCACAAGCAGGUCUUUUGCAAGCCGGGUGCCUCUUGCUGUGGAUUGCUCCCAGAACACAGCAAUAUUGUGCCCUCCUUUUCCUUCCAGUGCCCGAGAUGAGCCAGAAAAAAUGUGCUGUAGUCAAGGCCAUGAGGUGCAUGCUUGGUGAUCAGAGCACUGAGGUGAAGAAGGCCGUC